UGGUAAACUGCAGGGAACAGCUGUGAACUUGUCAAACUGACAUGUCUCUGUGUAUUUGACACAUGUCGGCGUUGACUGGCCGAGAGUUUUCAAAUAACGAGGCCGAUCCUAUUUUUCUGUCAGAUCCUUGUACACAUUCAAAAUGACUGAAGUUGCCGCCCGCCUUCAAAUUGGCCCUAGAGAAGGGGUCAGGUACCCAAUUCACGUUUCCUAUUGCGGGAAUUGCUCGAUGCCCAUCGAAUAUUGCGAGUACUACCCGGACUACGACAAGUGCAAGCAGUGGCUGGAGAAGAAUCUUCCAAAAGAAUUCGAGAAUCUGAAAACAGACGAAGCAGCCGAGGGUGGCGGAGAUGACGACAAAAAGCGUCAGAAACGCGGCGGUAAGGGUAUGAUGAAGGCCAAAAAGAAGGACGAUGGCCCCAAAAAGAUUUGUUUGUCAAGGGCCCCGCGUGGCAAAAAGAAGUCGGUGACGGUCGUGACCGGAUUGAAUACUUUCGAUAUCGACCUGAAAGUGGCAGCGAAGUUCUUUGGCACAAAAUUCGCAUGCGGCUCAUCGGUCACGGGCGAGGAUGAAAUCGUGAUCCAAGGCGACGUCAAGGACGAGCUGUUCGAUGUGAUCCCCGAAAAGUGGCCGGAAAUCGACGAGGACUUCAUUGAGGAUCUCGGCGAUCAGAAGCGAUAAAGAAAUUUCGUUAAAAACUCCAGGCAUAAUGUCUUAAAGCUAAUUUUUAUUCAUUCGUGAUUAAAUGCUUUGCUAUAAUGGCUAAAA